UUUCCCCAAUAAAAAGCAAAACUGCAACAACACAGCAACAAACAACGAAGAUGACGAAGAGGAAGUCGGCCAGUGGCCCUGCGGCAGCAGCUGCUGUUGCAGGAAAUGUUGGUGGCCUGGCAGUGUCGCUUGCCAUCGUGGUGGUGUGGUAUGCAGCCUCCUUCUUCACAGACGCCUUCAACAAGCAGAUCCAGCAGGCAAAGCGACUGCCAGUGACCGUCACGUUUGUCCAGUUCCUGAGUGGCGGGCUGUGGUCCAGUGUCAUUCUGCGUGGCGCAAAGCUCCGGCCCUUCAUCCCACUCCGCAAAGAUCAGGCAAAGCCACUGUUGCCGAUUGCGCUGUGCUGGUACAUUGGGUUCCUGACAACCAACCUCAGUCUGGGGCGGACAGCGGUGUCGUUCACUCACGCCAUCAAAGCAACUGAGCCCGUGUUUCUCGUCGUCAUCGCCACCUUCUUCUUCCAUCAGACCUUUUCCAACCAGGUGUGGGUGUCCCUGAUCCCCAUCUGCCUUGGGAUUGUGCUCGUUGCGUUGACUGAGCUUGACUUCUCCACCCUCGGUCUCGUCUCCGCCGUCACCGCAAACUGCUGCUUUGUCCUGCGCUCCAUCUUUGCAAAGCGCAUCCUACAAUCAAAGCUUGUUGACAACUUCAACUUGUUCUACUACAUCUCGUGGGCCGCUGCCAUCCUCACAGCGCCGCUAGUUGUGUUCAUGGAGGGCGCACAGCUGGUGGAGGGUGUGCGGACAGGGGAGCUUGUGCCCUUGCUCGGCCUCAUCGUCAUGAACGGAACGCUUCAUUACGUCUACAACCAGGCAUCCAUGCUGCUUCUAGCACGUGUUCCCGCCCUCACCCACUCCAUUGGUCGGUAG